AUGAUUCAAAACCUCCCCGGUGAACUUCUCAUAACGAUUGCAGGAUAUCUUCUGUACUCUUCGGACCGUCUCCACCUUGCCAGCUGCUGUCGUCGAUUCCGACUCAGUGUACCCCUCCUAAAGGAGGCAUACACAUCAAUUAAUGUCCAUUAUUUCUGUGAGAAAUCUCUCCGCCAGCUGGUAGAGAUUCUUCUGGAAGCCCCAGACCUUGCAAAAAGAGUCACCCGUAUAUCGCUUGCGAAAUCAAAAAACCCACCUUGCAAGUCUCAUCUAUCCACCUCUCAUCCGACGCAUCGGUCCUGCAACCAGUCCGUUUCGGACUUGAUACAACGUCUUACACCGUCAGACGUUGAAUCCAAAGUAUGGAUGGCAGCAGCUACAGCUACUCCUGGAGAGGAAUAUAGUUAUCUGGGCCAAGAUCUCUGGCUAACAAUGUUACUCAACUGUGUGCCUAAUAUUACAUCACUGGAGAUGGAGUGGGGAGGGCACACCGAAAUCUCGGAACGAUUCCUGGAGUUCAUGUCCCGGAAUAAUGGGUUUUCGUGUCUUACCGAAGCAACCAUACAGGUACCUUUCAACUUCGGGUUCGAAUUUCAAUUUUAUAAAAUUGCGCCUUUUUUCCGACUACAAUCUAUGCACAAAUUCAAAGGCACGUUGAUCGCUGACUUGGAGGAUCAGAGCAGAGUCAAUUUCGCUGAUCUGAUCCCCAUAAAGUCAUCGCCUAUUGAACAUAUUCAUCUAGUGGAAGCAAGUUCACAUAAUGGCUUCAUGCCUCUUAUCUCCGCCUGCAGAAACUUGAAAUCCUUCACCUGCCUAACGCGAAGCGGAUGGGCAUAUCUGGACUACUGGGCUUAUAACAUGAAUUUUAUUCCUCUAUUAAUUCAGGACUAUGGCCAAUCUCUUAUGUCAGCGAAAGACAGCCUGGAAGAUUUAUACAUCGAUGUCUCAUAUCCGGAGACGAAUAAUCAGCUGGGUUGGAUCGGUAGCCUGACGGAGUAUACAAAGCUCAGAACUCUGCACCUGCGAUUAUGCGACCUGCUACAUGUGGAUUUGGACAGAAUUCCUGACUAUGAAGCAGAUGGCUUUGAUUCCGUCUACGAUGUACCGACCUUCAUUCCUCCGGUCGACGCUCUGCCUGUCUCGUUAGAACAUCUCUAUGUGUCAGACUUUGAGUGGCCCUUCUCGAUAGGCCUGAGGGAGCUAGAAAAGUUGGUCCGUGCAAAGGACAAAUUCACGCGCUUGCGAGUUAUUGAUAUCGAAGGUCUUUGGCAAGAUGAACUAAAAGACGUCCAUGCUUUGACGACCAAUCUCAGGCAAGCUUAUGAGGAGGUCGGUGUUGAAUUGAAUGUACUUCACUAUGAUGUCGAGGUGGAGCACCGUGGUAAGCCGGAAGUUGAGUGUGAGGAUCAUUGGUCUCAUCAGAUUGGGGAUAUUUUCGAGUUUGAUUUUACUUGA